AUGGAAUCCAUAGUAUCUGAAAAUAGUGAUCUUCUGCAUCAAAAUCAACCAAUCCAAAUCCAUGAUAAUAAUCAACAUAACUUAUCUUCAGACAAUCAAAAGAAACCCAAGAAUGGAAAACCAUGGUAUCUGUUCCUAGAUCAUUCAGCUCUAAUACUUGAAAAUAAAGGUUCAGUUGCCAGAGAUCAUAUGGCCAAUGAACGAACAUUCUUGGCUUGGACAAGAACUGGUAGCAUAUUUUUGACUCUAGCAGUGACAUUUCUUCAAUUUGUGCAUUUAUCCACUAAAUCCAACACUGUUACUAUAGGUAACAUGGAAUAUGACUUGACAGAGAUUACCAAUAGAAAUCUACCCCAUUUUCAACGUUAUGGAAGAGCAAUAGUAAUUUUAGGCAUACUGUUGAGUAUAUCAUGCGUGAUGUUUGCUACCAUGAGGUUCUUUCAUACGCAAACAUUAUUAACAAGAGAUCAAUUCCCGGCAGGUAGGAUUGCCAUAGGAUUUAUAGUGGUGUUGAACAUGGCAAUGGUAUUAACGUUACUUGUGUUUGAAAUAAGGAUUUCACAAUAA